GUGGGGUAAAGGCGGACAGCAAUGCCUAGGCAUUAUAAAAAAAAUAGGCGUAAAAUUUAUGAACUAUGAACCACAAAAAAUGGAGCAAGCUCUGGAGGACAUUCGGAACAAAAGAAAAUCCCUUAGAGGUGCCUCAGAGUACUAUGGAAUACCAAAAUCCACUCUAUUCGACAAACUCAGGAGACAAAAAGAUGGAAAACAUGGUGCACCUACCAAACUUUCAGAACAAGAGGAAAAAAUGUUCGCAGAAGCUAUCACUCAGUUUGCAGAGUGGGGAUUUCCUAUGACUCGUAGGGAUAUAAGAUGCUUGGUAAAUAGAAAAGGUAAACAAAUAACCCAGUUCAAGGACAAUAUGCCUGGGAUUGAGUGGUUUUAUAACUAUGUCAGUAGAAACAAAAUUUUGACAGAGAUUUGCACAAAAUAUAAAGAGAUAGAACAGACAUUAGAGAGAGUUGAACCUAUGAAUAUCGUGAAUUAUGAUGAAACAAAUUUGACAGAUGACCCUGGAAAACAAAAAGUUUUAUGCCGCCGUGGUUCGAAGAUGGUUGAGAAUAUAAUUGAUUCAAGUAAAUCUAGCACCUCAGUUAUGAUGGCAAUAACAGCGACAGGACAAUUGUUACCCCCAUAUGUAAUCUAUAAAUCUGUUUACCUAUAUCCAACCUGGAUAGAGGGAGGUCCUGAUGGUACCAUGUACAAUCGAACUAAGUCAGGCUGGUUUGAUGGUCCUGCUUUUAAACAUUGGUUUGACAGGAUUUUACUUCCUUACUUUUGA